AUGCAGGAGUCUCCAGGAGCCGUGGGCGUAGACGGCAGCUACGCCAGCAACGUUCCAGCCUUCCUCACCAAGCUGUGGACGCUGGUGGAGGACCCAGACACCAACCACCUCAUCUGCUGGAGCACUACCGGGACCAGUUUCCAUGUGUUUGACCAGGGACGCUUCGCCAAGGAGGUUCUGCCAAAGUACUUCAAACACAACAACAUGGCGAGCUUUGUCCGACAGCUCAACAUGUACGGUUUCCGUAAAGUGGUGAACAUCGAGCAGAGCGGUCUGGUGAAGCCUGAGAGAGACGACACUGAGUUCCAGCAUCUGUACUUCCUGCAGGGACAUGAACACAUGCUGGAACACAUCAAGAGGAAGGUGUCCAUAGUGAAGAGUGAGGAGACCAAAGUCCGUCAGGAGGACCUCAGCAAGCUGCUGUAUGAGGUUCAGCUCCUCAGAACGCAGCAGGACAACAUGGAGUGUCAGAUGCAGGACAUGAAGCAGCAGAACGAGGUUCUGUGGAGGGAGGUGGUGUCGCUGAGACAGAACCACACCCAGCAGCAGAAGGUCAUGAACAAGCUGAUCCAGUUUCUGUUCAGCCAGAUGCAGUCCAACACACCCAGCACGGUGGGCCUGAAGAGAAAGCUGCCUUUAAUGCUGGACGACGGCUCACCCAGCCCUCCGGCCUCCAAGUUCAGCCAUAGCCACCCGAUGGAGGCCAUGCACGAGCCCUUCUACAUCCAGUCGCCAUCCAGUGAUACUGCUUCCUGCUCCACCGGUGGGCUGACAGGAGGACCAAUCAUAUCAGACGUUACUGACAUGUCUCAGGCCAGCAUGGCCCUUCAGAUGCAACCUGAUGAAACCAGGGAGAAGUGCCUGAUGCUCAUUAAGGAGGAGCCUGUGAGUCCAGGAGUUAGAGGAGGAAAAGGAGGCGGUGUGGGGGGAGGAGAGGCUGUGGCGCUGGCCUCCUCCUGUGAGGUGUGCUCCUCCGAACCCCCCGUCCUCCCUGUCGCAAUGGUCCAGUCUGUUCUGGAGGGGAGGGGCUCAGCGAUGGGGGAGAGGAGGAGUAAGAGACCAGCCCUGGACAGGGUGGAGGUUCCAGACACCGUGGAGAACGUAGACAUGAGUCUGGAGGAGCUGCAGCAGCUGCUGCUCAGGAGCCAUCAGCAGAGCGCCGUGGAGGCUGGAGGCAGCGCCGUCAUGGACCCUUUCAGUUUAAGCCUGCCUCUGACUGAGUGGAACUUCACAGAGAUGGAGUCCAACCUCAAAUCAUACAUGUUCCAGAACCAGGAAGCAGAGGCUUUUCCGGCUGCCGGCUGUGAGGAGCAGUGAGUGUGUGCUGCCAGCUGACGUGGAAGGUACAACGUUCACAAAACAUUCUCACAGU